CGCUGUGGUGGGAGAAGUAGGUGCAUGGUCAGCGUGGCCUGAGAUUGUGCAGAGAUGAAUGGGAAACGGCCCGCAGAGCCCGGGCCGGGCCGCGGAGGGAAAAGGGGCAAGAAGGAAGUUAUUGCGGAGUUUUCUGACGCUGUCACGGAGGAAACCUUGAAGAAGCAGGUGGCUGAAGCGUGGACAAGCAGGACGCCGUUCAGCCAUGAGGCUGUUGUCAUGGAUAUGGAGCCCUUUCUGCACUGUGUGAUCCCGAACUUCAUCCGAAACCAGGACUUCCUGGACAGCCUGCAGAAGGAACUUUUGAAUUUGGACUUCCAUGAGAAAUAUAAUGAUUUAUAUAAAUUUCAGCAGUCUGAUGAUUUGAAGAAGAGAAAAGAGCCUCAUAUCUCUGCUUUAAGGAAGCUCAUGUUUGAAGAUUUCCGAGCCUGGCUUUCAGAUGUCUCUCAGAUUGACCUGGAACCAACCAUUGACAUGUCCUGUGCUAAAUAUGAAUUCACCGAUGCCCUGCUGUGCCAUGACGACGAGUUGGAGGGACGCCGGAUCGCCUUCAUUCUGUACCUCGUUCCUUCCUGGGACAGGAGUUUUGGGGGCACCCUGGAUCUGUACGACACUGAUGAACACUUUCAGCCGAAGCAGAUUGUCAAGUCUCUUAUCCCUUCAUGGAACAAAUUGAUUUUCUUUGAAGUGUCUCCGGUGUCCUUUCAUCAGGUGUCUGAAGUCCUCUCUGAGGAGAAGUCCCGUCUGUCUAUAAGCGGCUGGUUUCACGGUGCUUCGCUAACCAGGCCCCCCAUCUACUUCGAACCCCUCAUUCCUCGGAACCCUCACAUCCCAAAAGAUCAUGAGAUUUUGUAUGAUUGGAUCAAUCCUACUUAUCUGGACAUGGAGUACCAAGUUCAAAUUCAAGAGGAAUUUGAAGAAAGUUCUGAAAUUCUCCUGAAGGAAUUUCUUAAGCCUGAGAAAUUUGCAAAGGUCUGUGAGGCCUUGGAGAAAGCAGAUGUGGAAUGGAACACCCGCAGUCCUCCUAACAAAAGGUUUUACGAGAAGGCUGAGGAAAGCACACUGCCUGACAUCCUGAAGGAGUGCAUGGAGUUAUUUCGCUCCGAGGCAAUGUUCUUGCUGCUCUCCAACUUCACAGGCCUGAAGCUUCACUUCCUGGCCCCCUCAGAGGACAGUGAGACUGAGGACAAAAAAGAGGGAGAAGCAGCCUCAACUGCAGAGAACACGGAAGAGGGGGCCGGCCAGAGCUCCUCUGAGCCCGGGCUUCCUGAGGCGGCCAUCAGCAGCAGCAGCCAGCAGAGCGACGGAGAAGUGGAGUCACAGUCUGAGGAGAAAGAAGCAAAGAAAGACUCAGGUGUUCCCACAUGUCAAGGGGAGCUGAGGCAUUGGAAGACUGGUCACUACACUUUAAUCCAUGACAACAGCAAGACCGAAUUCGCCCUGGACUUACUUUUUUACUGUGGUUGUGAAGGCUGGGAUCCAGAAUUUGGUGGCUUUACUUCCUACAUUGCCAAAGGUGAAGAUGAAGAGCUGCUAACAGUGAAUCCAGAAAACAAUUCUUUGGCACUGGUCUACAGAGAUAGAGAGACUCUGAAAUUUGUCAAGCAUAUUAACCACCGAAGCCUAGAACAAAAGAAAACCUUCCCAAACAGAACAGGUUUCUGGGACUUUGCAUUCGUCUAUUAUGAAUGACAGGACUAGACAAAGCCAACACAUACUGAGAAGUCUGGAAGAGCCAGGCCUGGAGCAACAGCGGCGUGGUGAUCUGUCCAGCAGCAUUCUGCACACUGCUUAUCCUUCCGUGGGAUUCAUGUCAAUCAUCCUCAAUCAG